GUCCAAACUGAACUACAGAAGUGAAUUGUUUAGUUGGCGUGUAUUAGAGCUAAUGGUCAGGAGCUGAGAUGGCCGCAAUUAUAGAGCUGGGGUCCACACCACACGACGGACUGGAGGAACAAGUAUACGUACGCAAAAGUAUCAAAUAUGUUUUGCCUAAUGACAGUGUGCAAGACUUUAUCAAUCGUAUACAGACCACACUCACCGUUUCACCCUUCACCCUUCCAUCCGGCGAGAUUGUAGCUUCACAAAUGAACAAUAGCUGCUAUUUUGAUGAUGAGUACCUCAACAUGUAUAAGGAGCGUGUAGUGAAGAACGAGGGUGCUGAAUUGUAUCGUGUACGUUGGUACGGUACAUCGUUGAAACCUGUCGAAACCCUUUUCAUCGAACGUAAGCGACACCAUAACUACAAGGAAGUUCAGAAAUACAGCAACAAGAAGAGACUGGAUCUUCCCAAGGAAGAGAUGAAUAGGUUUCUGACUGGUACGCCGAUUGAAGAGUUAAAUUCGUCCAAAGACAAAUUAGCCGGAGACAUACAGGCAGCCAUGAUGCAUUUGCAGCCAAAGAUUCGUACCCAGUACCUGAGAACUUCUUUUAUGACCCAAGCAAACAAAGACCUGCGAAUUACCCUUGACAGAGAUAUAGUUUUGUUUUCUGAGCCAAACAGCUGGGCUGAAAUUGCGGCGGCAGAUGGCAUUGGACAGGGCAAAGGCGUGAGGAUGCCCUUCACGGUUGUUGAGGUAAAAGUGGCUAUGGGUGAAAGUGGUAAACCUGAAUGUCCUGAUUGGAUACACACUGCGUUGAUGGAAUGUAUUGCAAGGAAAAUCAAACUAAGUAAGUAUGGAUACGGCUGCAUACAAUUCUACCCCAUACAAGCUCACCCGUCGCCUAAGUGGAAGCCCGAGGUAGAAAGGUGGAGUGAGCAAUUGACCUCGAGACCGGCAGAUAUUACUAGCGCUGGCUCGCUACUAAAUUCUGGCCAUCUUGCGCCACUCGCGACGAGCUAUGUUCCUGUCAACGACAACCAUAACAAGGAAUACACAUAUGCUUGGUUACAGAAUCAGUCUGAAAAGUGUACCACAGUGGACAUAUCCUCCACUAAAUUGGUCUCCAGCGAUGAGAAAGUGAAGCAGACAGGCAAGAACACGAGAAAUAUAUUCCGCACGGCUAGACGACAUGGACUGAAUCGCAAUGGAAAAGCUUUCAUGGCGAACGAGCGUACCUUCCUCAAUUAUAUAUAAUGGACAAGUAGUUUAGCUACGUUCUGUGUAGGGCUGCUGCAGAUUGCCUCAGGAAAUGAGGUCUUGUAUGUAUCAACUGCGAUAAUCGCCUUCUGUGACGUACUUAUCAUGUAUGCGACUAUAAUCUAUCAUUUGCGACGUAUUACUUCGUGAAUAAUAUUACGUCGAAAGGUGGGCGUGUACCGAGGUCAUUUAAUGAAUGGAAAGUUAUAUCGGCCAUUAUGAUCAUGUUCUUCGUUGCGGUCAAUUCGUACAUUAUCUACUUAUGGGUAGCGCACCUAUCACGUUCUUCCCUUGGGACUACUGUUGUAUUACCAGUAUCAAGGUAACCCAGUCAGUACAACAAAUUUAGUGAUCGACAUAAAAUAGCAACCGCGCAGCGAACUCGGUGAUCAAAUCAAGUACGAACCCCAAAAUGAACAAGUGAUUUGUUGAAGGACCUCGUCUACAAUACAGCUUUGCAAAUAAAGAAUACUACCAAUGUGG